AUGGCCAAGAGCACAAGCGAGCAGGGCCUCAAAGAAAAGCAGGAGGUUCCGACCCUGAUCCUGCUCAAGCGCGGAUGCGAGGAGUUUAACAUCUGGACGCCGCCAAACUGGACUCCGCUGUCCUCGCCCAGAUCUCCACGGAAGUGCGCAUCCGAAACCGCCGUUGGUGACCUACCCUCGCUCCUGCAGCAGCAAUCGAGGAAUCCAUCGAAGUGCGUCGGUGCUGGCAAGGAGGAUCCGAGCACGACGGAUGGCAGCUCAGAGGCACUGGCGAACGUCAUCUCCACCCAGGAGAUCAUGAUCGAGACUUUGAUGUCUCGCUGCCGCCGCCUGGAGUCUGUGGUCAAGCAGCAGCGUGCCGAGCUUGUCGAGAGAGCCGCGCAGGUGCGAGCGCUGCGGAAGGAGAAAGACCGAGGUUCCAACGCCCCGAGGGCUUCUAGCCGAGUCGGGCGCUGGAAUCCUGAACGACGGCCAAAGGUCGACCCGAAGACCGGGAAGGCAGCUGCCGGCAUCGCACAGAAGGUCCUCUGCCAGGAGUAUCAACAUCCGCUUCGGUCAGUGCCGCCAUCGCACAGAAGUUUGACCCCCAGCUUCAGACCACCUCAGCGCAACAGCUUCGGGCGAGGUCGCAGCGUGGGGGCGCUGUCGCAAAAGGCAUACCAAAGGGCAGAUCGCCAGCUUGCACAAGGUUGCCCCUUCGUCUCUGCCAAGGCUGCGUGA